AUGGCAGCUUUCGUCUUGUCUGUGACGCUGACGUCCAUCCUCCCCAGGACAGGCAAAGCAGCCCUGUCCAUUUCUUCCGGCUACGAAACCUUCCUGACCCAAAUCCGAAAUCGCAUCGUGUGCGCAGAAGAUGAUGUUUUCGAUGAGGCGGCCCAGCAUGCCUGGGCGCAGCCCUGCGACUCCAUGAAGGAUGGGCCUUUCUGCAGAGGGUUACCUGAAAUGGGAGAGACUGCCAGACACCGGCCCUUUACGCUGGACAGCAUCGUGCCGCAACACCUUUUCGGUGAUCCCCGGGCGACGAUGGAGCUGGCUGCGUCCAACGUUGUGAAAAGCGCCGUGGAUGCAGACACAUCUGCUAACAAGCAGGCGACCCUCGUCCUGAACAAGUUCUUGGAAGACUUCUCGAAGGUCAAGGAGGUUUACGUCAAGUCUGUGGGUGUGGAGGGGCGGCUGGAUUUCUCACGACUAGCCAUGGGAGGCAGCUUAGGCUUCUCUCGAAGCUUCUCACUAGGCCUGCCGAGUGGUGUUUCUGCCACUUGGACAGGGUCCUGGCAGGUGAUCCCUGCUGAGCAGCCGCCCCCAGACACGCUCGGCCCUAAAAGACGGGCCCGGAAGUUCCGGCCUCGAGCCGUGCUGCGGCUAAACGGCGCCCUGGGCAGCAUUCGAUUCUCCCGGCCGGUGGUGGUUCGAAGCCUCCAGGUCCAGGGAGGCUCGCGCUUAUGGGUCCGUGGCCGACAGUCGGGUGGCGAGGUUUGGCGACAUUCCUACCAGCAAAGCGAGCUGCAGGUUUGUGGCACCGGAGACCUCGUCCUGGGCCGCUGGGAGGGAGAUGGGCAACUCUACUACGCGAGGAUCCUCAUGCCCCAUGCGGCCGGGGCGACCCUGUGGUGGAUUGACAGAGACCCUUCCCAUCGCCUCGUGGCCUGGGAGCAUCUGACGACCCCUGCCGGACGGCCCUGCCUAAGUGAAGCUCCGGGCCUCCGGAAGGCCAGUGCCUGGAGAGAUCUGGCCAGGCGUAGCAAGGCCGUGGACGAGAUUUCGUUCAUGGUCCCCGAUAGAGGCACUGGCUGGCUGCUGGGUGAGCUGCAUGUGGCAACCAUCCGAUGGCGCCCCGAAGUUGAUGAGGAGACAGUCUGGCUCCCUUCCGACGCCUUGUCAAGGGUCGUGCAGGUCUUGCCGGGGCCCUUUGCCACCAUCGAGGAUGCGACAGGAGCUCUUGGAGCAAGGUCCUCCAUCAUGAACGUCUUGAGCGGCCGGGCCGGUUACGGCCAAAUCCAGGGCAACAUCCGGAUCAACGGCGCCUGUGGUGAGGGUCGAUCCAUUGCAGAGCUCCGUUCCGUGACAGGUUUCGUCCCGCAGGAUGACGUGAUGCACCGGAAUCUGACGGUGGAGGAGAAUGUGUCAUUCCAAGCCCAGCUGCGGCUGCCCAGAGAGGAAGGUAUAUCUUCCUUGGUGGCCCGGGCCAAGCAGUGCCAGGCAGCUACGACAGACAUUCUCGAGCAGUUGGGUUUGGGAGAUCCCCAGUUGCGGAAGACUGCGAUAGGCGACGAGCAGGUGAAGGGCGUGUCUGGCGGGCAGCGGAAGCGCGUCUCCAUUGCUAUGGAGUUCGUAGCGAGGCCCUCCCUGCUCUUUCUUGAUGAGCCGACAAGCGGAUUGGAUUCCACCACCUCCCACUCCGUGGUGGACGUCGUGACGCAGGCUGCUAAGAAGCAGCGGUGCACCACCAUUGCCGUCAUCCACCAGCCUCGCUACGAGACGCUUCGGCUCUUCGACAAUGUGAUCCUACUUGCAGCCGGAGGCUUCUUGGUGUACUCUGGACCCACAGCCGAUGUCGAGCGCUACUUCUCGGAUGUUCUUGGGGUGCGUUUCCUGCCCAAAGCUAACCCGGCGGACACCCUCCUGGACGCAAUCACUGUCGAUGCUGCUGCUGCCAUGGUCACCGAAGGUGAGAUGAAGCAGAGCGUCGCGAAUUUAGGGAGCCCGAUGCAAUUCGGGCAGUGGUUGGCAGCGACUUGGGGACAGCACCGGACGACCUACCAGCAGGCACCUGCUGCAAAGAUGGACGUGCCGCUCCCCGACCUCGGCGUCGCCACGUGCACCUGGGGAGAGGAGAUUUUCAUCCACAUGAAGCGUGCAGCUGUGCAGCUGCACCGGGACCAGCAACAGGUGAUUUGGAACAACAUGCUGCUGGUUGGCGGCCUCGCCAUUUUUUGCAUCUGCGCUCCAGCAAAAGCUCCACAGCAAGAGCUGAUGCAUCCGCUGCUGGCACUGUUCCUGCUGCUCCUGACGCAGGGCGUCGCGGCCCAGCGCGUCUUCGGCGGCCGCGAGCGCUUCGUGGUCUGGCGUGAGGCCGGAGUCGGUACGAAGCUGGGAGGCUCUUUAUAA